UGUAUGCUGUGACUUGGUUGGUCCGAAACCUCUGUGACCUCCUCCAGUGGGCAUUCAUUUUGCGAGAGGAAAGGGAAUCAUGCAGAUCUUUGUGAAGACCUUGACGGGCAAGACCAUCACGCUCGACGUGGAGCCGUCGGACAGCAUUGACAAUGUCAAGCAGAAAAUCCAGGACAAGGAGGGAAUCCCGCCUGACCAGCAGCGCCUGAUCUUCGCCGGCAAGCAGCUCGAGGACGGCCGCACGCUCUCGGACUACAACAUCCAGAAGGAGUCGACCCUCCACCUGGUGCUGCGUCUGCGUGGUGGUGCCAUUGAGCCCACGCUCGCCGCCCUGGCCAAGAAGACGAACUGCGAGAAGCAGAUCUGCCGUAUCUGCUACGCGCGUCUGCCGCCCCGUGCCACCAACUGCCGCAAGAAAAAAUGCGGCCACAGCAACCAGCUGCGCAUCAAGAAGAAGCUUAAGUAAUUGCUCGGUCAACUGCUCUUGGCUUUUCCUCCUCGCGGAAACGGGAAGUGGAACGUACUCUCAAGAAACGCGCGACAGCAGUUUGCAGUAUUGGUUUUCGUCGUUUAGGCUGCUGGUGGGUCAAUGCGUCUUUCGCUGACUUGGUGCUCUGAAGGAUGAACUACUGCUAUGCAGCGAGGAACUCAAUACACACAACUGUCGUUGCGUUCGGCCCCUCUCCAAUCAUACGGUUUUCUGUAUUUUUUUGUUAAUCUUUUUUUUUGUUUCUCGUAAUAUUUACUCAAGAAUGCACCGUAUCAACGAUGACACAACUAAAUGGUAUUCUGGGUAUGAGAUCGAGGAA